AUGAGUCAAAGACUCGAAGCUCAAUAUCCUCAAUACUCUGCAUCAUCUAGUUCAAAGCAAAAUAGCAUGAGUUACCAAGAUAAAACUAUUUUAAUUCAUAAAAAUAUAGCAAAUAGAUUUGAGUUUUAUGAUGGGAAAAGAAAAUGGUAUAGAGUUAAAGAAGAUUUUUGCACAUUAUAUAACAAAUAUCAUUUUAUUAAAGCAAAUAAUGAAGAAACAAUUAUGGAAGCAUACAAAAGAAUUAAUGAUGAGUCUGAAGCUAUUGCUAAAAAAACUAAUGGUAGAAUUGAUAUACGUAAAUCUGAAAAUUAUAUAUUAAUAACUAUAAAAUUUUUCAAAGAAACUACUUUAGCACCUCAAAAAAAAAGAUAUGAAGGAGAAGCUAAUCAAUACGAUAGUAAAUUUCCAUAUGGGAUUUAUAAAGUAACAAUAGAAGGAAAUUCUCUAAAGAAAAGCCUUCAAUGCACGAGAUAUUUGCGAUAUAAUCUACAUAGAAUUUACACAUAUUAUGAUUUAGAAUGUGCUAAGGAGAAUGGUCUAAAAGUAUAUUUAAUGAAUGAAUCACCAAAUACACUUAUAUAUGAAAAAAAAACUUAUAUUAAUGGAAGUAAUAUGUUUGGUAAAUGGGGAAAUAUAUUAUACAAUAUUAAGAAAGAAGGUGAAAUAGCAAGAAAAAAUAGACAAAAUUAUGGAGCACAUCCACGAAUAAAACCCUUCUUGCUAGCAUCAGCUCAAAAGAUAAUAUCAGAAAUUAUAAAACCUUUAGAAGACCAGGUAAAACGUAUACAUAAAGAUAGCUUUAUUGUAGCUAGAAAAGUAGAGCUUAAAACAGGAAUAGAAAUAGGUGAUUUAAAAUUCGAGAAAAGAGAAAUUU